AUGAUGUCUGCUGGCCCGUCGUCACUCAUAAUGGUUACCGCUCUGCUGGUACUGCAUCACGUGACGGCGUUCACGUGCAGCGCUCAACGACACUGCUCCGGCCAAUUGCGCCGAAAUGCAACCGGUGGCGGCGGCGGCGGCGAAGGACUGACGUGGACUGGCGCCCAGUACCGGUUUGAAUGCGACACGGUAGACGCGUUGCUCAGAGACAACGGCCGUUAUGUGCCGAGAAACAACAUCGCGCUCAGGGCUCAAAUAUGCGGAAACGACUUGUACUUGGCGUACCCCAGGUUGCGGUCCGGCGUGCCAGCCACUGUGGCCACGACUUGCCUGUUUACUGCCGACGCGUGUAGUGAGGCAGUAAUGACGCCUUACCCUUGCCUGUCGGUACAGGAACAGGGUAAGUCGGGUGAGGUGCAGAAUGCCGUCGAUCUGUACUUGGAUGAGCAAGAAGUGCUGUGGGUCCUGGACACAGGAGUUGUGCAGACGUUGGACAAGGACACUGAACCGCUGAGGACGGGACCGCCAACCGUAUGGGCGUUCGACUUGAACACGCGCAAGCUGUUGACAAAGAUCGACUUGACGUGCCUGACGACGCCGAUGAGCCGACUUCAGUGUCUGGCCGUGGACUACGACCAAACUGACGGCAAGUGUUACGUGUACGUGACGGACGCGGCCAACCGGGCGGUGAUCGCGUACGACGUGGCCGAGUCGAAGGGUGCGCGAGUGGUGUUGCCCAAGGCGAUCGCGGCGGGGUGCACCAAGCGCGACGUGCUGUACGCGGCGCUCGUCCGGGCAGAGUGCGGCGGCGGCGCGGCGGCGCUGAUCGUCACGUACCUGUCGGGCGCCAGGGCGUUCACGGUCCGGACCGAGUACCUGCGCCGAGGUUCUGCAGGAAAAGUGACGGACUUGGGCGUCAAACCGGACAGAAUGGUGAUUUUGGGCACAGACGGCGGCUCGAAGCUGUUCUUCCGGUACGACGGUUCACCCGACGUGCAGAAAUGGGACGCGGCCCUACCGUUCGUCGCGGAAAAUUUUUCACCUGUCUAUCGGUCGGGGUCUUGCUUCCUGGCCACCCAGGUGAUGGCCGACCGUGACCGGAAUCGGCUCAUGGUGCUCGAGACGAACUUCCCGGACUUUGCACAGAACAUAGUCGGCUGCGGAAUAGUGCACAACGUUCGAGUGCUCGAAGGGUGCUUUUGA